AUGCGUCUCUUCCCGCUCCUCCUUCCCCUGGCCUCGGCUGAAGCCCUCGUGUCGUGGACCAUUUCCUCUCUCGCGUGCCAGUCUGCUGCCGCCACCUACACGCCCUGCACUUACACCCUUGCCCUCGACAUCUCCCCACCCGACCGCGACGCCCCCCGCAUCUGCACCAUUACCAUCACGUCGUUCUUGGACGACGGCGAAGGCGCCUCCCUCACGCUGGUGCCGGCCGACACUGCCCGGAACCUGUGCGCCUUCUUUGGUUAUACGGAUGCCGGGCGGGUGGGGUCGUCCGGGGCAGCGGCGGAGUCCAGGAGUGAGGCUGGCUUCACGGCUGGGAGCCUCCCCGGCUCUUCGCCCCCUGAUGACAGCGGUGAAAAAGAGUAUGAUGACGGGAGAAUGCGGGCGAAGAGCGGGAGAAGGAUGGCAACGGAUACGAAGAGAGGGCUCAACACGGGGUCCGAGGAGAGGAAGGAGUGGCAGGUGAAAGGGCUGACACGGUGUAUCCAGGCGCCCACCAGCGACCCCGUGGGCAGCUUCUACGGCAUCCCCUGCAGCUCAGACGACGACCCUGGAUUCAAGGCGUCGUGGGGGUACAACAGCGACACCGACAGUGCGGUCAUGACGAUUUGCUACGCUCCCAACGGCACAGACGCUUGGUUCGGCUUCGAACAAGUUUCCAAAAACCAGUGGCUCGGGGAUUCGAAGAAGGAACCUGUCUAUUUCACGGGCUGUGCGUGA